AUGGAGACUCUAUUAGCGCAUUCAUUUGACUACCUCUCUUCCUAUGAGCCUAGCAAGAUCCGGAAAGGACUGCGGCAGGUGGAGGGGCUGUUAGCACCGAUAUGUUUGUCCAGAUCCAAACAGGCACCGGUCGACAGGCGGAGAUCGAUUGUCGCCCCCGGCUCACCGCAACCUCCCGCAAAACCUCUCGGGGAGCUCAAAGACGAUCCGGCCUUCAGGGAGUUCUUCAAACUGCAGGAUGGAUUCCAAUGGAACGUCGCACUACGUCUCGUUACCUGCCUGGAGCAUUUGCUUGGCCGAGGUAGCAAUGGAACGAAUGAUUUGCUUAUCAUCUCGACUCUGGACCUGAUUCAAGGUGUCCUGCUACUGCAUCCGCCUUCCCGAACGCUAUUCGCUCGCGAGAUAUACAUGAACCUACUCCUAGAUCUUCUUGAUCCCAUCAAUUGCCCCGCAAUCCAAUCGUCCACCCUUCUGACGCUGGUAACUGCUUUGUUGGACAGUCCAGCCAACACACGAACCUUUGAGGAUCUGGAUGGCCUCCUCACUGUCACAUCGCUAUUCAAGCUGCGGGCGACAUCUCGUGAAGUGAAGCUCAAGCUUGUUGAGUUCCUUUAUUUCUAUCUCAUGCCGGAGACACCAACUACCCCUGCGCCCGGAUCUAGCGCACCAAACACCGCCGUCCUUGGCUUGCACCGCAGUCCUAGCAAGGUCGCCGGUCCUGUUUCGCGGAGCGUCAACGUUCCUGGUGCGGGAGGCAGAGACAGUAAAGGCGGCCGCGACACGCGCACCACGGAAGAGAAACAGGCACUGCUCGGACGCUAUCUCAACAACGUUGAGGAUCUAGUGGAAGAUCUCAAGGAAACGGCACCUUUUGGAAGCUCCGUCUGUUGA